CUAUAGGACUCUGAUGAGUACAGACCAAAGGUUUAUUACAGCUUUCUUUGAUGAUUGAAAUUUUCAUUUAAUAACUAUUUUCUCCUCUAACUGUCAACUUUCUGCUUCUCAACAUGCUACAUCAGUACCAUGAUGGAUAUCAAGCUGUUUCCCUUCAGGGGACUCAGGAGUUCUGGAUGCCCUCUCAAGCAACUCAGAUGUGUUGCACUGCAGACUCCAAAUGCACUGACCACAUGAACAUGGGAGAGAAAAUUGAGCGCUUUGAGGACAAAGCAGCUUGUGAAAUACUCUCAGUUGAUGCUGCCAGGGUCGGGGGACAGGGCAUCUUGGGCCAGUGCGUGGUGAAAGAGGCGACCCCUCGCCAGAACGGCCUGCGGACAGCGCCAGCUGCUGGCCGCCUCCUCAACUCCCUGCGCGCUCAUCAUCACCAGCACCGAGACGAGUCGCGUCGGGACGCGUCGCCAGCACCGAGGACGACCCUGGCUGUGCGCAUCCCGGCGCAUCGAGGAGACCAGCAGCAGUGCCAGAUGUCGCUCCUGCAGGACGAAGUGCGGCCCUCUGACUGCAUCGGGCCCGACUGCCGGUGCGCACCUACCACUGUGCAGCGGGAGCAUUGCGGAUAUGCGCAUGAGGGGCCCUGCAACUGCGCCAACCAGCUGUCCAGACAGACUGGAUUGGAAACUGCACUGAGCUUCCCAAGAUAUGAUGUGGAAGGUAAUCGCGUUUGCACCUGCGAAGAGAACCAUGGAGUAGUGAAUCUGCCAGACCGCCCUGAGGCUGCUUACAUUGGCGCCGCUUGUCCUCAUUGCGCCCUUCCGCGACUGGUGGAGCGCCCCAGACGAGACCCCGCGAUUCAGCAGCAAAUCUACACCAGAUUCGAAGACCGCCUCUCCCGAGUGCCGCCACCAUCCUGUCCCUGCUCGCUGGUCAAGCCGGUCGUCAUGAAGGAGGCGCCGCGGACGACCCCCGACUUUGUUGGCAAGUGGGCCAUGUACGAGACCGGGAUUGCUUUCCAAACUCAAGCGGAUGUGAGAUACGAUCAUGAAUGCGAGGCAGUCGAAUAUUGACAAGAAUACUACAUGGGAACAUAUUUUGGGAAAUUUGGUAUAUUUGGAAAAAGCAGCUGCAGACAUUCCUCACUUCAUCAGUGGCUUCUUGAUAUCCUUUCAAGUAUCCGGAAAGUUACUGCUGUAUACCCUUCCUGAUGGUUUAUCAAUCUAGGGGAAUUUCUCUAAAUUCAGUCUUCUGAAAAAUGAAUAUACAAACGUGAUUCAUUCUUGAA